AUGCGAGGAUUUAUCUGUGUACAGGCUAUCACGACCUUGGCCUUUUCAACGGUCGCCAUUGCCCAAACCCUUCCUGAAGACUUGGCUGGAGUAAUCUCCAACUACUCGUCUCUCUCUUUGUUCCGAUCCCUACUCAGCUCUGCUCCCCAAGCUCUCAUCACUUCUCUAUCUGAAAAAGAUAACAAUGUCACUGUUCUGAUCCCUACCAAUAAUGCCAUCGAGAGUUAUCUGAAAACUUCCAGCGUCUCUGAUGUAACAGAGCUCAAUCAGACAGAACUACAAGUCUUCUUUUCAUAUCACAUUCUGUCAGCCUCACUGACUUCCUCCGAUUUUGAUGACCCACGAGGAUUGUCAGUUCCUACUCUACUACAAAAUUCACAAUUCAACAACAGAAGUGCAGGACCUCAAAUUGAAAGCCAAUUCGGAAAAGGCUCUGAUGGUCAAGUUGUUUUUGCUUCAAGGCAAGGUCGAAACAAGCGAGCUGAUGAUGAUCUUGGAGGACCGAAUAUUAUUCUACGAGCUGGUUUGGCCCAGGACGUCAAAAUGACUGCAGUUGAUGGUUCUUGGGGCACUAAUAAUACCAACUCAUUCCAAAUUGUUGACAAAGUUCUUUCUCCUCCCAGGUCUUGCUCCAACACUGUUCACACCAUUAACGAUACGCGACUUGUUACCCUGAAUAGCGCUCUGAUCAAAGCGCAACUCUGGCCUGCUCUUGAUACAUCUCGGAAUGUGACAUGUCUGGCGCCUUCGACUCAAGCUUUCAAGAAUGCAGGAAGCCCAGACAUUAAACUCUCCAAGUCAGACUUGGCUGGAGCAUUGCUUGCUCACACCUUGAACGAAGUUACAUAUUCCAACUAUCUUCGAGAUGGACAGGUCGUUGGGACUCUGAACAACACCGAAGUCCGGGUUAGUAUUCGAGGGAACGACAUCUUCUUUAACAAUGCCAAGGUUAUUGAAGCAAACAUUCUUACUAACAACGGUCUUAUUCAUAUCCUUGAUUCUGUCAUUGAGGAGGGAGGUAAACCCAGUAAUAAUAGCACUGGUAGUACGACGGAUGAGACUCCCAGUGCGACAUCGAAUGAACAGUCACCGACUUCAACUUCUGGCAGCAACUCGACUGAGCAGGGAAACUCUGGAAGUUAUUUUUCUGUUGGGGUUUACAACUAUCUUGUGCCAGCUUUCGUCCUAUUCAUGAUUUGA